CGCCGCCCUCCUCGCCUCCACCGGAGGAGCUGCUUCCCGCCGCAACUGGGCGGAUCCCGCGAGGCGCAGGCGGAGAUCCAGUAGCCAGCAGUUCAAACGAGCCGCCAUGGCGGCGAGCGACGUGCCCAUGAGCCCCGAGCUCGAGCAGGUCGACGGCGAGAUCCAGGACAUCUUCCGCGCCCUACAGAAUGGGUUCCAGAAGAUCGACAAGAUCAAGGACUCUAACAGGCAGUCCAAGCAGCUGGAGGAGCUCACUGGGAAGAUGAGGGAGUGCAAGCGCUUAAUCAAAGAAUUUGAUCGUGUACUCAAAGACGAGGAGAAAAGGAACACUUCUGAGGUCAACAAGCAGCUAAAUGACAAGAAGCAAUUUAUGAUCAAGGAGCUGAAUUCCUAUGUCACCUUGAGGAAGACGUACCAAAGUAGCCUUGGUAAUAAGAGGAUUGAACUAUUCGAUGCCGGUAAUGACCAUGUGGCUGAGGACAACGUUCAAAUGGCAUCAGAAAUGUCAAAUCAACAGCUCAUUGAUUCUGGGAUGAAACAAAUGGACCAAACAGACCAAGCUAUCGAGCGUUCAAAGAUGGUCGUUGCACAAACUGUUGAAGUUGGAGCUCAAACUGCUACAACUCUAACACAACAAACUGACCAAAUGAAGAGAAUUGGUAAUGAGCUAGAUUCCGUUCACUUUUCAUUGAAGAAGGCUAGUCAAAUGGUGAAAGAGAUUGGUCGCCAGGUUGCAACUGACAAAUGCAUCAUGGCGUUUCUGUUUCUGAUAGUUUGUGGUGUGAUUGCGAUCAUUGUUGUCAAGAUCGUCAACCCACAUAACAAAAACAUCCCAGACAUCCCAGGACUGGCACCUCCUGCACCUCCAGCACAGAACCGGAAACUGCUAUCCAUAGAUGGUUUCAGAAUGCUCUGAGCAUUUGGGAUGUCUUCUGCAGAAGCCAAAACACGCAUUGUUAACUCUUCCAUUUGAGCUUGUAUAGUGUCUCCUAUGUAAUUUUCUUCAAUUGGUUCAUUCUUUCGGCUUCAGUGUUGUUAGCUUCAGAUCAUUGGUGGCACUUCGGUUGUGUGUGUGCCUUUUGCAAAUCACCCAGCUUUCUUGGUUGUGUAUAUGCUUAGUGCUGAGAAGUACGAGAUCGAUGUUGUCCAUUUAUUUUCCUGGUCUUUGUGAAUUAUAAGCAUGUGGCUUUCUUGGUUGUGUA